UGGCCCGCAACGAACGCUGUCUCGUUCGCUCCUUGGUUGCCCGGACCCCUUGGCCGCGCAACAAUGUGUCUUUGCAUUGGUGAUGGUCUCCGCGUCGAAAAGCUUUUUCGAUGGUAGUCGUUGCAUAGCGGGAGCCUUUCGUCGCUGGGCGGCCGCCUCCUCGGCAGCCAAACGGCAUUGCGUAGCUAGGCAUUUUAAAAUUAGUAGGGGAGGGCGGAGGCAUGCUGCAGCCUUGUUGCGCGGGACUGGCAGUCCUCUGUUGAGCUCUGUCGACCCCGCGGGUUUCCCACUUCAGCACCUUGAGCGAUAG